AUGCUUCGGGCCUUCAGCUACGUGACUGAUCACACUGGCUUCUGUGGUACUAUCAAAAACUCACCGAGUGACUUUGUAGUGACGGAAAUCGAGAUGCCUGAACACUUACUUAGGGAUACCCGGGCUGAAUCACUUCAGAAAACCAGUGAAGCACCGCUAGAACAAAAUAGCCCAGGCCUGCAGCAAGCCAAAAAGCUGAGAAGGGAAUCUCCCGGUCCAUGUGCUGAGGGCUGUUGUGGUGGUACGCCCAGUCCUUCGGAGCAUGACCCAAGCCGGGCAGGAGGUGACUGUUCUGCAUCCCCUAACAAAAACCCACAUGAGGGUGAACCUGAACUGAAAUCUGGUGUAUUGGAUUCCUUACUAGGCAAGCCCAUGAGUGAACUGCUUAAUAAGUUUGCUUGUGAUCUGAAGAAUGCAUGGGACUUGGAAAAUAAUGCCGAUGCUGGCACUAGGGAGUUCUCACUGGGACCUAUAUUAGACAAGAAAAAUCGAGCUGAUUUACACAGUGCUGUUAGGCAGAAAUUCCCCUUUCUAGUCACUCUUACAAAAGACAAUGAAAUGAUUGUAAAAGGAAAUGCUGAUUACAGAGAACUUUGUCAGUUAGUGACUGAAAAGGAAACAAGUGAUUUCUUUAAAUUUUUAGAUGCAAAGCUAGAAAAUUCUACAUUUUCUUUUGAGCCCGAUGGAAACAAAGAGCACAGAAAAGUAGUCCACCACUUUAUCAAUAGAAAAUUUGGAAAACUUCUAGAAACAAAGUCUUUUACUGUGACAGAUGUCAAUGAUCAGCCAAAUAUGUCAAUAAUGGUACGAUUUCGAGAAAAAAGUUGGUCCAGAAAAAGGUCUGCUGGUGGUUUCCAGGAAAAACAAGAUCUUUAUACAGCUUUCACCCUUCAGAAAGAAAAUCUAGAAACACUGGAAGCAAUCGGCUUCUUGGCUGCUGAGCUUGGUGUUCUUCCUUCAGACUUCAGUUACGCUGGCAUCAAAGAUAAGAAGGCUAUUACUUACCAACCUAUGGUUGUGAAGAAGGUGACUCCUGAGAGGUUGAAAGAAAUUGGAAGCAAAAUGGAAAAAAAGGGCAUGAGAAUACACAACAUCCAUUCAGCAUGCCAGCACCUUAGGCUUGGUCAGCUGAAGGGCAAUCGCUUUGAUAUAGUUGUGAGAGAUCUCAAACACCACAGUCAUGACUCUUCUGCAGACUUGAAAGAGAGAAUAUCUGAAGCAAUGGAAAACGUUGAGACAAAAGGUUUUGUAAAUUACUACGGACCUCAGCGAUUUGGACAAGGACAAAACAUUCAGACAGAUCAAAUAGGAUUGGCUUUACUGAAUGAAAAAAUGGUGAAAGCUGUGAAGUUAUUCUUCACACCCGAAGAUACUGAUGACCCUGUAAACAAUGCAAAAAGAUACUUUCUUCAAACUGAAGAUGCAAAGGGUGCACUUGUGAUGCUGCCAGAAUUUAAAGUGAGAGAGAAGAUGUUGCUACGAGCUUUAAAUCGCUACGGUGUAAAUCAUGAAGGUUGUACCAAAGGAUGGCUCAAUAUUCCUCAUUCCAUGCGCGUAUUCUAUGUCCAUGCUUAUUGCAGUAAAAUUUGGAAUGAAGCAGCAUCAUAUAGACUGAAGAUCUACGGUUCAAAAGUUGUUGAGGGUGAUCUUGUCUUCUCAGAAGAAAAUGAUGAAAGUGUUUCCCUGAAUGACAAGGUUCAUGUAGUCACUGCUGCAGAAGAGUCAGCUAACAAAUACUCUAUAAACCAAGUGGUUCUUCCAAUGGUGGGACACAGUAUCAAGUAUCCCAGUAAUAAAGUUGGGCAAUGGUACCAUGAAAGGCUUUCUAAGGAUGAGCUGCAGAUGUGCAAAUUCAGAGUGCCUCCAUUACAGCUGAAUAUACCUGGAUGCUACAGACCCAUUUUGAAAAAUGUUCAGAAUCUGUCAUAUUUUUUGGAAGACAGUGAAAAAGGAAUUGAAAUUGAAGACAACCAUCUGAAUGAAUCAAAAGUCUCUCUUCAUAUAUCAUUUGACCUUGAUCCUUCAUGUUAUGCAACAGUCUGUCUGAGAGAAAUAAUGAAAUGUGACUUUUAAGAUUCCAGUUAAUGAAGGAUUGCAGGAGUAUUAUACAAUGGUGAUAUUUUAUGUAUAAUGCCAAGA